ACCGUAGUGCGCCUUUAGCUCGGUGCUCUUUUGUCUUUACUCUGUUAUGGGCUACCAGCUGCAUUCAUCGGUCACCUUCGAUAAAAUCAACCUUCACCACGAGGAAGCAAUGUGUUAAAGAGCAAAAUAAACACCAGGGCGUGUUCCACGUCUAACAGAAGCCGUCCAAAUCAAGUGCAUUUGCGCAUUUUUCGCGCUGCACCAGGCCGUGUCAGCCGCUAACUGCGCCUGUUGGUAUAGAGCGUACACACCACUCUGGCGCACAUGAGUUAGCCGACCUCGCUAACGUGUUUGUUUUCUGUGCCCUUGCUCUGUUUUGAAGAAUAUCGACAACACAUACCGCAAUACAACGGAGUCUACAUACCAUGUCUGGCAUCGCAUUAAGUCGUCUUGCCCAGGAGCGCAAGGCGUGGCGGAAGGACCAUCCUUUUGGUUUUGUCGCUGUACCAACAAAAAACCCAGACGGAACCAUGAACCUCAUGAACUGGGAAUGUGCAAUUCCUGGCAAGAAAGGGACUCCGUGGGAAGGAGGCCUUUUCAAGUUGCGCAUGUUGUUCAAGGAUGACUAUCCGUCCUCGCCUCCAAAAUGUAAAUUUGAGCCACCACUUUUCCAUCCCAACGUGUAUCCAUCAGGCACAGUAUGUCUUUCUAUUUUAGAGGAGGACAAGGACUGGAGACCAGCCAUCACAAUAAAGCAGAUCUUAUUAGGUAUCCAAGAACUCCUAAAUGAGCCAAAUAUCCAGGAUCCAGCCCAAGCUGAGGCGUACACAAUCUACUGCCAAAACAGAGUAGAAUAUGAGAAAAGAGUUCGAGCACAAGCCAAAAAGUUCUCCCCCUCGUAAGUUUGAAGAGCAGCUGUGGCAGAAGGAUUGGGUCACCGAGAAUCACCUCCCCGCUCAGCCACCAUGAAUGUGCUCCUCUCACAUCAGGACUUGCUUAAAGACUUGUAUUUAAACUCCACACAUUCUGUGCCAUCCGCUCUCCUGACUUGUCCCUUUUUUUCUUUUCAUUCUUCAUCACUGUUUGGUGCGUGACGCUGGGAGGGUCUUGGUGCUUCAGCACCCGGGUCAUUUCUUUUUAAAAACGUCUUAUGUGGUGCAAGGGACACAGCUCCACACCAGCUCAACCUUCAGGCUGGUGGUUUCCAUUUACCAAGGAAGGAAAUGUCUUUUAUUUUGCUCUCUAAAAAAACAAUUCCUUUGUUUCUCCCCUUUUCUUUUCCUCCCUUAAAUUCAAUGUACAAUUAGCUUCUUUCAUUGACAGUAUUUCGAAUGCUGUAUAAUGAAUGGCACUUUUAUACUGUUGUAUCUCACUAGUGUCUCUAGUCUGUCUAAUUCUUCCCAGGUUUUCUAUUCAGCAUGCUGUAAUAUAUGAUAGAAUCUGCUGCCUUGGCUGUCUUUUUGUUAUUCUGAGUGACUGCUAUGAAUAAACAUGGCCGCGAUGAUUGAGGCAGGUAGGCUGACCAUUGUAUCAGACAUUACGGUUCUAUGGUGCUUUGUCAUGUAUGUGUUGGCGUAAAUAAAACUUUCUACAAAA